UUUCUGACUUGAGCCUGAUUUUAUUAAUAAAUUCUGCUACCAAACACCACAAAUAAAUCCACCAUGUAUAGUGCCCCCAACUCUUUACUGUCCACAUUAAGAAUAUAUAAAUCCACUUCUUGAUUGCAAAAUUAUAUUCAGAGAGAGAGAGAGAGAGAGAGAGAGAGAGCGAGAGCGAGAGCGAGAGAGCGAGAAAGGAAUUAGUGUGUGUUUGUGGGACAAUGGCUGGCACUUGUGUUCGAGCACUGGUGAUUCUUCUAUGUCUUUUUUACCUCGUAUGCCACAACGGCGCCAUUCCUGUUAUGAGAAGUGGAAGCCUGGGAAGCCUGCGGGUGAAGAAAUCUCAAGGCGAUGAAAUUACAGAAUCCGCUCAAAAUAUGGAAAGUGAAGAACAAAACUUGAGUUUAGAGGGCAUAAAGAGAAGAAUUGAUGCUGAGCUGAAUGAUUAUCCAGGAUCAGGGGCAAAUAAUCGCCACACUCCAAGGCCACAACUGGGAAGAGGCUGUAUGGACUGCUAAACAUAUUAUAUGCAAAUUAAUUUCCUUAAUUAUAUACAUGUGUGGUAUUAUUGUGUUGAGAAAAAAACAUGGUUUUGUGCCUUAUUGUAGCAUAAAUAUAUGUAUGCUAUAUUUAGAAAGUAGGUUAUUCUUUGGCUUAAUUUCCAAAUGAGUAAUUAGGUAUUUAAAUUGGAAGAAUUAAAUGUAUAAUUUAGAGUGUAACGGCAGGAAUGGUGGAUGCUAUGACAUAUGUUUUUCUAUCUUUUGAAGGCAUUGGAUUUUGUGAUC